AUGCGCCGCUUCUUCACCAUGAAAGCGCCGCCCAUCGCCUCAACGCACGAUCUCGCCGCCAAGGCGAUGCCGAGUGCCGUCGCCGCCACGACAGCGGCGACAGGGAACCAGCUGCGCGGGCACGGUCACAGUCACGGCGGCCACGGUCACGCGCACAGCCACGGGACGAUUGAGAAGAACAUCUCUGGCAAGUUUCUGCGGCAGUGCCAAAUCGCCACGCUCGCCGGCGGCGCCGCCAACGUGUUCUUCUGUGUCACAAAGCUGUGGAUUGGCUCGGCCGGCGGCUCCGUCGCGCUGGUCGCCGACGGCUUCCACGCCUUGACCGACAUCCUCGCCGACAUCAUCUCCUACGGCGCCAUCUCCCUCUCGCAGAAGAAGUUCUCGCGAUGCCGCUUCCCGUUCGGCAUUGGACGGCUGGAGACAUCUGGCGCCGUGCUCGUCGCCGCCAUUUUGCUCUUCGGCGGCAUCGCCCUGCUCGUGCAGUCGCUGGAACAGUGUGUGAUGGACGUGUCGCACCUGCUGGCCCUGGCGGUGCCGACGGGCGGGAUCGCGGUCGCCGUGAUGCUGAGCGUGCGCAACGCCCUCGCCGCCGCAACUUCCGCUGCCACUGCGUCGCUGAGUGGGAGUGGCGAGGAUGACUCGGCGGCCUCGCACGGGCACUCGCACGCCGGCGGAGCGGGGGACAUCGAAUCCGCAGCGGCGGCCCCCGACAGCCACGGCCACAGCCACGACGGAGACGCACACCACGGGCACAGCCACUUCGAGGUCACGCAAUACGACGCGUCAACGGGCAAGCAGGUCAUCCUGUGGACGAUGGUCUGCAUUGCUGCUGCAUCCGUCGUCACGAAGGAGCUGUUGUUUCGCUGGACACGUCGGGUUGGCAAACGUGCUGGUUCGCGUGUCGUCAUCGCGAAUGCCUAUCAUCACCGCGCAGACGCCUGGAGUGGCGGGGUGGCGUUGAUUGGUGUGGCCGGGCAGGUGGUCGGAAUCCCUGGCAUUGAUGGCGUCGCCGGCCUGGCCGUCUCCCUUUCCAUCUGCAAGAUCGGUUACGGUCUCUUCCGCGAUGCGGUGCUGGAGUUCUUCGAUUACCAAAACGCCGAUGAAGUCAGCGCGAUUCGGGAGCAACUGCAGGACUUCAGCCUCCGCAUUGGACACGGAAAGCGCGUGGUGCCGGCAAAGGCUGCGAUGAAGGAGAACCAAGCUGAUGCUGCGAAGGCUGCGCAGACGUCGUUGUCACGGUCUGCGUCAACGUCGUCCUCGGUCGCCUCGGUGGCCACUUCGGAUGACCCCAACGCGGUCGCUCGAAAGAAGAUCCUCUUCAUGAACGUCUUUCUCGUCCGCCACGGCCACAAAUAUGCGCUUCACGUCACCCUGCUGGUGUACGAGUCUGUCCAGGCGACGCAGAUCCGCGAGGCGACGGACCUGCUGACGGCCCUCGCGCGAGGUAGCCUGCCCGUGCAGGACACCUUCACGACGAUCCUGGUGUGCAGCAACCACACAGAGCCGCGGGAGGAGUACCUUGGCAGCGACGAACACGCGGACGAAGAAGAAGAGGGAGACGGCGACAAGCCCGAUCGCGCUGCAGCAGCAGCAGAGAAGGCACAGGAUCACUCGCACAGUGCGGAGAAGGAAGGAGACAGCGCGGAUGAGCUGCACACGGCCGCAACGGGCAACAUCGUCAACCCGUCGCUGGAGCGCUGCAUCGCGUCUCUGGAGGAGUUCCACACCUUCUCCGCGCGCAUUCGCUACAACUGGGAGGCCCGCACGAUCACGGCGCCUUCGUCUGCCUCGUCCGAGUGCGACCGCGACAUCGCCUCCGUGGCGGAGAUUUUCCGCUGCCGGCUCAUCAACAAUAGUGCGGCUUGUGGCAGUGGCGCGGCAGGGGAAGCGGAGUGUGCGCACGGCCACGCGCAUCAGACGCAUUCGGCGCAGGAAUAG